UUCUGCACACAGCCAUGGUGCAAUCAACCAUCGUCAAAAGCUCUCAAAGCAUAUCUCCUAUGUCUCUCCUUUACAUCUUGAGUCUUUGGCAACCAUUCGUUACCACCACUGUCAGUAUAUGCUGCUGAUACAACCUACAAGAAGUUGAACAGAUGCCAAGAGCAUAUAUCAACAUCUCCAUGAUCUUCUUAGUUUUCUAAUUCAUGAGACAGUUGAGGUCAUCGCACAGGGCAUUGACAUAAAUAAUGUCUCCAGAUGCUGAAUUAGCUCUUCUCCUGAUGUAGAAUACCGAAUGCGUGAAAUAGUGCAGGUUCAUAGAUUUCACCGGGUGUCCCUCCAGGUAGUUCUGAGCACAGGAGAAAUAAUCAACAUAUUUGGUCCACGUGAGAAUGUCAUCAAAGGCAUCAAAUUAAUUCGAGUAAUAACAUAUGAGCCUGCGGAUGUUCUACAGCACAAGAGGAAUUUUGUGCAGGAGUUUAACCAACGUUGUUGGUAUGAGUAUUUUGAACGUAAGGAAGCAGAAGAAGCCAUGCUGAUGGAACCCGAUGAAUUGGAAAAAGGGAAGCAACAGGCUGAGAAAGGUGGUUCCUGUGAUGAUGGGGAAUCAAGUGCAAAAGAAGCAACAGUAGAAAGCUGUGAAUCUGAAAAAAAAAAAAAAAAAAAAAGGAAAAGCAGAAAAUUACGACUUUUGGAUUUAUCAAAUAUGUUUAUGAUUAUGAUCAUGAACUGGAAAUAUUAGGGAAGGGGGAAGGUGGUUCCGGUGUAACGAGAUAAGAGAAUGUGGAUGAGGAUGAAUUCAAAGAAGCUGAAUCCGAAAAUGAAAAAGAUACUCAAAGCUCCAACAUUAUCCGCGAUGAAAAGAAUUACACCUCAUGUUCCCAAAUUCCAAUAAUUUCAUUUGCAGACAAUGAAAAGAGCCCAAUCAGAAUGCUGAAACUUUCACUGUUGUGUCAAAUGAAUGAGCCCCACAGGUGAACUUUUAGUAUUUUGGAUAUUUUUUAAAUUUGUUUCUUUUUUUUUCUUUAGUAUUUUGGUUGAUUGUUUUUUUUCUAGAACAUUGUUCACAAAUGGAAGCCACAUCUUACUACACACCCUUGUAUAUACUUGGUGAAUGUAGUUUUAGGGUCUUACAAAAAGUGUUGUCUCUAUUAAAAAUGUAUUCCAUAUGUGCAAGCAUUUUCAAGUAAAAUAUAAGAACCGUCUAAAUAUGUCUCUUUAGAUAUUCAUUAAUUUAAGAAAGAUACUCUAAGUAAAAUAUAAACACCUAAGACACCACCACUACAAAUGUUAGUGGGAGCAUGAUCUCCAACCAUUAAAACAACGAAGAA